AUGGUAUUAUUUCAGGAUUAGAAGAAUGUGAUAUCAAUUUAAAUAUUAUUUAUCGAGAUAAAGGAAUUUUUAUAUCAUAUCAAAAUGGAUAUGAAAAUAUUUUUGGUAAUUAAACUACUAAAGACUGUGAAGUUUGUGAUGAUGAUAAUCUUAAUGGUUUUGAUGAUUGGUUUUCAUGUCAAUAUGAUUUCUAAUCUCAUUGAUAAGUACGUGUAAAUGGAUAAUUCAUUUUAUGUGAAAAUUGAUUACUAUUUGAUUAGAUAAUUUGCUCUGUUAAUAUGGAAAGUUUGAUGAUGGUAACUACAUACCAUACGAUGGAAGUUAUGAAUGCAAAUAUUCUUGAACUGAAAAUUGCAAUAAUUAUAUCAAAGUUGUUCAUCACAGUUUGUACUCUCCUUUCUAAAAUGUGUAUUUCUGAUUAUAGAGCUAUAAUUUAAAUUUAAAUUUAAAAUUAUAAUUAGUUUAUUUAAAAGAAUGUUAAAGGGAAAUUAAUUUAUAUUUAAAUAGAUCGUUUUUAAUAUUAAAGUGGAUGA